GCUAACUACUUCAAUGUCAUAUGACCUGUGUAUCAACUACAUUGUUGCAAAAGCAGAGAUCAAAAGGUACGUGUUGAAAGACACCAGGCAAGAUGUCUGGUCAGUCUGACAGAGAUCAUCCCACCCCUCACACCAACGCACCCACACAUCGUCCCAGCUCCACUAUGUCACGGCUGAGUGAUCGCACCUCACCACCGCCCAACUCCACACCCUCACAACGCUCCACAACCUCACGAGGGUUGAGUUUCUUGUCAUCUCUAAUGGGCACUCUGAGACGCUCUCACCCACGACAAGAAUCACCUCCCCCUCCUCCAGAGGACCUCGGACUAAAGACACUACGACAGGUCUACAGUCAGUACAGAGAUAUUGACAACCCAGUGGACAAGGAGAAGCAACUGUACAAGAUUCUCCCUCUAUUUUGCAAGAACUGUGCUAAAUACAGUGGACAUGAACUGGUCUCGAAAUUUCCUGAAGCGUUUGAUUUUGCUGAGGGUGUGUCGCUACUGUUCGUACGUCAUGUGACUCAACUGGCUCAAGCAUCGAACCCAGCCAGGUCCGGAGUGUCCCUGCUCAAGUAUUUUGAGACCCCUGAUGAUACAGACGCUGGUUGGAACAGUGGAGCGGGUAUCACCAUUCUCAAGGCUAUACAUAUUCUAGCCAAUGGGACAGAGGCGCUCGUGACCUCUAUGACCUCUUGUAACCUGGCGUCAAUACUCGUGAGGUGUCUGCAGCUGUUCAUCAGUCUGCCUCCACAAGAUUCUCGGAGUAGGUCUGGUAGUUUGUCUCGAACCAACACUCCCCCUAAACCGACAAAUGACCAAGGAGCCACAGUCGAGCUACAACUGACAGACUCCCCGGAGACCUCCAAACGUAAGAACUUAGAGAGGCUCCUUCGGUCUGUGCUCACCUGUCUCCUACGCAAUCCCCCGGCCGUUGAGGACUUGGUGAGAUGUAGUGACGUGUCUCUGUUGUUUGGGGUGAUCUCCCUGCCUUGCCCCGCCCACAACAAGAUGUGGCGGAAGACGGCAGCCGAGUGUCUCAUUACUAUCUGCAGACACAGUCUCUCUGGCGAGGUGAUCAACUUCAUCCACAAGACUGGGUGUAUCAUGUUCAGUGUACAGAACAUAAAGACGUGUACGGAGACCCAACCCCCACUGGAGGUCGUGGAAAUGUUCUCAACUCUAUUCUGCUGUCUCAAGGACUCAGCGGAUUUCUCACAGGUAUUACUAGAGGACUUCUCCAAUGGGAGUGGCUACAAGCUUCUCUACGACUACCUACUAAGACUGGACAGGUGUGACAAUGAGGAGAGCCGAGCAGCUGUCAAGAAUCUGGUACUGCUCAUUCAGAAUCUGGUUUUUGCCGGGUUCCUCAGUCUGGAACCGGCUCUCUCGGACCCUGGCCCAUUUCAAGAUCGCACAUUUUCCAUUUCAAUUCCAUCUGGUGACGGUGUAAGUGUCAGAAACAGUGACGUGUUCCAAGUGCUCCAAGACGCAUUCCUGAAAUCUCAUUCCAGUACGCUGGGUCUGGCGAUCGUGAAUGCUCUGGACUACAUAUUCAGAAAGGAUCAGGCCAACUACUUCAUUGUGCAGGACCACCACACACUGUCUAUGUUCCUGGAGAAACUGGUGGAACGAAACGAAGAUGUGCAAGCACACAUGUUCGUACUACUGGAGUAUGUUAUGAUGGAGCUGAACUACGUGGCCACUGCUGAACUGACCAGUAUCGGGUUGCUACUGACAAUGGACGAAGAUCAUCCGUACCUCCUCGCCCUGCACACGUACACGUACACGUAUGUGUGCACUCACGGUUGUCAGAGCCGGAGUUACACAUAACCACUAUAGUACUUGACUCCACAACAACACACUACAACCUUGCAAGGAAUAACCUCGCCCUCUCUCUACCUGGGGACCUCAGACUAAAGACUUUGCGACAGUCCACUAUACUCCACGCUAUCACUGACCUACAUGCAGUCGAUAAUUAUAUGAUGGAUAACAGCAUGAAUUUGACGGAGUGCACGAUGUCAUAUAACAUCCUCCCCACGAUGAUACGAAAGACAAGGAGCCAAUUACCUCUGAAUCUGCAUGUCUAAGUACCUCCAAGUUCCCAGUCUUGUCUACUCAAGGUCUGCUACAGAAAACGAAAUUAUCGACUAGGCAUGUAUGUGCAUUUCUGGUGGUAGUCUCCGCGAUCCUAGGCCUGUAUGUCACUGGCUUACCGGAUUGAAAACUUAUUGCAGAAGGUCUUGUACAGAAAAUCCUAUCAACCAGGCAUGUACAAUUUAUUUAUGCAUCCUGGUUGCAAUUGUGGGCUUCACGAUCCUGUAUAAUUUUAUUGCAAAAGGUUCCGAAUCUGCGACAGAGGGGAUGCAGAUGUUUUGUACCACCGAAAAAGAGGAGCUGGAGCAGGUUGACUCAGCUGAUCCCUACAAGAUCCCAACAGAUACUCAGGGUGCAUGGGUAGCACCAUACCACUUGCUGUGGGAUGUGAAGCAACUUCCCGAUCUGAAAGUGCAUUUUUUGAAUCCUGACAUUCUUGACAACGAACACUGGAAAUGUGGGCAUGCGGGUCCCUUAACAGUCGACAUUAUCCUGGCUUGGGCCGCUGUCUGGAAUAGCCAUGCUGAUCACUACCCUAAAAUUUCUAAUUAUGUAGCAAAAAGGAAAAAAGCUCAUAUCCGUGUGAAAUUCACCAGUGACAAGAAAGUGUUCUCAUGGUCAACGGUCGGACGAUCGGCGUUGGAUGUAGACAAAAAUGAGCCGACAAUGAUGCUCAACUUGUUUGGCAUGACGAAAGCUCUCCAGGGAAGCACGGUACGAAUGGCUCCGUUCGAUCAACACGCAGAAGCUCCCUCUGAACAUCUCCUUUCAUGAAUUUGGUCAUGCUCUAGGACUGUAUCACGAGCAUCAGCGAUCCGACUUCUGGGAUGUCUUGGAACCAUUCACUAUCGGAGAAAGUCGAAUGAAGAGCGGAGAUGGUGGACGUUGCGAGCCAGCUGUUAAUGCUGUGUUCAGAGAUAAGCUGAAUGCACCACACUGGAGUCAAAUAUCCAGUUACGACCCAGACAGUAUUAUGCACUAUUGGUUUGACACGAAAUGGUUGUUAUUGAAGUAUCAAAAUCGUUCAAAUGUGGCCAAGUAUGUGAAAGAUGAGCGAGAGAGGAAGGUGCUGUUUGGAGUACAUGACCGUGACUACUCCAAUGGGGAGUUGGCAGAAAAUCCCUCCAAGCUAGACUAUGAAACAUUGAAUAGGGCCUAUGAAGUAAUAAGCGGGCAAAAGGUGCCCCUAACUACAGCUGCUGCUGGUCCCCAAGGCACUUCCCAGCAAACAAAGCCUGAAGGAUCAUCAUCAGAUGAGUAUUCAAGCAAACAAUCUAACGUCAUAGAAAUUGAGAAACAAUCAAUUGUUUUAACUGAAGCGGAUAUUCUAACAAUUUGCGAGGGUCUGAAAACUGCAAGCAAUAAUUGGUUAAUUUUAGGAUUGGCUCUCGGAGUGAAGUUAUACGAUUUAAAAAACAUCGAAAGUAGAUACCAAGAUAACAGGCGCUGCCUAAUGGAGAUGAUAAUCAAGCUUCUUGAAAUCGCUGACCCAAAACAUCCAAUCACCUGGCUCUACAUAUGUGAAUGUCUAAGGAGUAUUGAUCGUAAAGAUGUAGCCAAUCUAUUAUGUGGCUAGAUCUAGUACAUGUAUAUAUGAAAUGAAAUUGUAGUGCCAUUGGGUAUUUACCUGUUUACAUAGCAUGUACAGCUUAUUUUUCCUUCUUGUACUGAGUUAUGUGCAUGUACAUGAUCACAGCAUGCAGGGGGUUGAUGGAUUAAAUAUGUUGGCAUAACUUUUUUUUUUGAA